UUUAAGUCCUAUGCUGGGAAGCAAACCGUUGGCCCCUUUCACAAGUGUUUUACGUCCGUGGUUGGGCCCAAUGGAAGCGGAAAGUCAAACGUUAUUGAUGCACUUUUAUUUGUUUUAGGUUUUAGGGCGUCCAUUAUCCGUCAAAAAAAAAUUUCAGACUUAAUACACAGCAGUGAAAAGAGCGAUCCUUGCGACUUCUGCCAAGUGAACAUUUUCUUUCAAUCUAUAGUAGAUUAUGAGAGUGACAGUGAGAACUAUGAAGUUAUUGCAGGAUCUGAAUUGGUUAUUUCUCGCAGAGCAGAUCGGAAAUCUACCUCAACUUAUUUUAUUAAUAAUAACGUUGUGAAGAUGGAAACUAUAAUUGAGACUCUUAAAGGAAAAGGAGUUGAUCUUAGUAACAACAGAUUCCUAAUUCUACAGGGUGAAGUCGAGCAGAUUGCAUUAAUGAAACCGAAAGGUAAAGGUGAUGGCGAUCGCGGUUUAUUAGAAUAUUUAGAAGAGAUUGUGGGAAGUGAUCAGCUGAAGCCACUUAUUGCAGAGGCCGAAGAAAAAGUUGAGGCCUUUACACAAGAAAGAGAGCUUAAAUUCAACCGCCUGAAGGCUAAUCAACACGAUCGCAGCGAGCUAGACGGGACGGUGACGAAUACCGUCGCCUAUAUACGAAAAAAAAAUGAGCUCAGUGCCCUCCAAUGUAAAUUUUUUCAGCUUCAAAGAGCUCUAAUUCAGCACGACUGUCUCUCUUGCGAAAAAGAAUUACAGGGAAAGUUAGCAGAGUUGCAAAAUUUGGAGGAUGCCGUCAAGCGUUCGUUUGAGCAGCUGAAAGAUUUGGAGGAAUUCCGCGCACGCGAUCUGCAGGAACUAAAAAAACUUGAGAGUGAUCUUCAGGAAGCCAAAGAAGCAUUCGCCGCUCUUGAAAUUCUGGACACCAAAAAGCGUGAGGAUGUUAAACACUGCCAAAAAAACGGCAAACGCAUGCUGAGUGGCAUGCAAGCUCUUGAAGAAUCGCUCAAAGCCACAUGCAGGGCCAUUGACUCUGACAACGCGUUUCUGGUGGAGUCGGAGCUUCAAUCAAAACUCUUAAAAGAGAAAUUGGCACACGAGGAAGUUGUUUUUGAAGAGCUGAAAAGAAGCCUUCAGGCGUCGAUAGCCGGAGAAGCGCAAGAGUUGGAGAGAAAAGAAACUGAACUACAGCCGUGGACUCAAAAACUUAGAGACCUUCAAACUCAGUACGAUGUUGCAGAAAGUGAGUAUCACAUGCUUCGCGAUAAGUACCACAAGCAAAUGGAACAGAAAAAGGAGGCUGAGGAGACUCUCAACAAAUUAACGCAUCUUCUUAAGGAGCAGAAAACCGCUUUGGAGGCCACCCGGAUCCGCCAAACUGCCAUUCCAGUGGAGUUGCAGGCUUUAGAAAAAGAACUUUCGACACAUGUUAAAAAAGAAGAGGAGGUGAAAAAAGCUCUAAAGGAGGAACGGAUGAAGCUGGAAGAGUCUAAGUCUAACCUCAGCACAUCCCUUAGUAAAAGUGCUGUACUAGAACGGCUGAUGGAACAGAAGAAAGUUGGGAAUAUUCAAGGAAUAUACGGAAGACUGGGGUCGCUGGGGACCAUUGCGGUGCAGUUUGACGUGGCAAUAACAAGCGCGUGCCCUUCUCUUAACAAUAUUGUGGUCGACACCGUUCAAACCGCUCAGAAAUGCGCAGAAUUUUUAAGGUCCGCUAAUGUUGGAAGAGCCACUUUUUUAAUAUUGGAGCAGUUGAAUGAAAACUUGAUAAGGAGGAGCCGGCAGAAGUUGGAAACUCCCGAAAAUGUGCCUCGUUUAUAUGAUUUGGUUGAACCGAAGGCCGAGCAUUUUCGACCCGCCUUUUACCAUGCACUUCGUGACACUCUCGUGGUCAAGGACUUGGCGCAAGCAACACGUGUUUCCACGGCGGGCAGGCAACGUUACCGCUCCGUAACUUUGAAAGGCGAAGUGGUGGAUGUCAGCGGCACUCUUUCGGGUGGUGGGCACCAUGUCUCACGUGGGGGCAUGUCUUCCCGCCUCCAUGACGAUUCCGUUACGCCUGAAUCCAUCGCGCAGCACGAGAAGCAAAUACUUAGUUUUCAAGAAGAAACUUCUAAAGUCGGCCAAAGUAUAGAAGACUACCGAAAGAGAAUAAAUGAACUGAAUAAUGAACUUUCGAAAUGCACCUUGACCCUAAAAAAGCAUGAAAUGGAGAUACACGCGAAGACCCAACAAAUUCAGGAAACAGAACUUUUGCUUUCUAAAAUAAAAAAUAUUACCAUCAGCGCUGAAGACGCCGCGCGCCAAGCAGAGCUAGAAAAUUCUGCGAAAGUCCUCCAACCUGUAUUAAAGAAGACGAAAGCCAUCGUCAGUAAAUAUACUGAGUCAGUCGAUCUCUUAAAGAAAAAAAUUUUGGAUAUUAGUGGCCCAAAGUUGAAGUCACAAAGCCUAAAAGUGGAGACUAUCACCAAGGAGCUGGAUACGUUGGCUACCGCCAUUACCCGCACGAACGUUUCUGUGAAAGCCAAUAUAAAAAAGAAAAAAACGAUGGAAGACAAAAUCGAAAGCUUAUUGGGAGAGAUCGACUCGAAUAAGAAGUUUAUAGAAACCACUAAAAAGGAGUUUGAGGAAUUAGAUGAAAAAGCUCAGAAAGUUCUCGAAACUAUUAAAGUUGCUAAUGAGUUAUACGAAGCCAAGAAAAGAGAAAUCGAGCAGAACGACAUUCACUACAAUACGCUUAAAAAGGAGGCUACAAACAACCGCUCCUUAUUGGUCGAUCUCGCUAAUAACGUGGACCACUUAGCAGCUGAUAUAAAAACACGCCGUGAGCAUAUCAAGUAUUGGACUGAGAUGCUUAAAAAGUUGGAACUUCUUCCCUUUCCUUCUUUUGUGAAGGAACCCCCACAAAAUUAUCAUGAACUUAAAGAAUAUGAUUUGGAGGAAAUAAAGCAGUUUAACAAGGAAGAACUGGAGUACAAAGUGACCAUUCUCGACGAGGAAGUUAAAAAAAUGAAUCCCAACAUGUCGGUUCUUGCAGAAUACGCGCAGAAGUGUCAAGAGUAUGAGGCAAAGAAAAGAGACUACGAAACGGCUAGCCAAUUACGGGAUACCGCAAGGGCCGAACUUGCUCGCUUGAAAAAAGAAAGACUGACUAUCUUUCUGGACGGCUUCAGUAAAAUAGCCCUCAAGCUGAAGGAGAUGUACCAGAUGAUCACGAUGGGAGGCGAUGCUGAGCUGGAGCAGGUGAACAGCCUGGAUCCCUUCGAGGACGGCAUCGUCUUCAGUGUGAGGCCUCCGAAAAAGUCGUGGAAGAAUAUUUCCAAUCUCUCCGGAGGAGAAAAAACUCUGAGCUCCCUCGCGCUCGUGUUUGCUCUGCACCACUACAAGCCCACGCCUUUAUACGUGAUGGACGAAAUCGACGCCGCGUUGGACUUCAAAAAUGUGUCGAUUGUGGCAAACUAUAUUAAGGAAAGGACUAAAAACGCUCAGUUUAUUAUUAUUUCCCUAAGAAACAACAUGUUUGAAUUGGCCAACCGGCUAGUUGGAAUUUAUAAGACAGCCAAUCAGACCAAAACUGUGGCUAUCAAUCCUUCCUGCAUACAAGCAAACCCACUACAAGCGACAAUGCCUUGA